AUGGGUCAUAUAUCACGUGAUUGUCCAGAACGUCAGCGAGGAAGGCACGCUUAUUCAGAUCAACGUGAAUCUCUGGACUGGAAUAGGGGAAGGGCUGCGCAAGGCAAUCGACGUUUCGAUGAGAUGCAGUCGGCUGGCAGAAUAUUCGAUCCGGGUCGUCGACAGUGGAUCGCGGUUGAGAAUGGAUCGAGAAAGGCGUUUGAAGGCAGCAACUUGAGGACAGGACCCCCACCGGAACGGCACAGAUCAGCUGCACUCGGUUUUGAUAUGUUACCUCAGAAAGAAAGGAGACAAGAGUCGCAAGCAAUGCUCCCAUGGAGCAACGAUUAUGGUGGCAGAACAGAUGGAAAGCAUUCGGGAAGAGACACUUUUCAACAGGAUCUUUCUAAAGAAGCCUUCAGUGAGCAGUUGGAUUCAAGUGCUCGUGCAACUGCUGCACUUGAUGACGAACAUUCGAUCUUCGGUCUGCGAACAGGAUCAUCAGGGGAGCAGCGGGAGAAGAACGGAUCAUUUGGUGUACCGAAGUUCAGAAGUAAACACGACUCUGAAACUGAAGGAGAUGAGAAUGUUGAGGUUCAGGAUGAAAACGCAGAAAACGAAGCUGUACGGUUAGGAGAAAGUCGGCCAGAUUCAAUGAAACAAGACGAACAACAGUCAGCGUCGGCCAACAGUAUCGGCAAGACGAUCCGUGAUCAUAUUUGUAGGACUGAUGGUGAUGGUGAUGGGAGAGCGAAGUUCGUUACUAAAGAUGCAAAAGAAUGUGGUAGUGACAGAAGUGUUGAGCGAUAUGGCGAUCUGUGGUCGCGAAUCAAGUCAAGGAUAGAUAUUGAUGCGCUGAUUGGAAAACGAAAAUAUGUGAAAGUGAUUCGAUCAGAUGCGUCGGAGAACGCAAAUCCAACUUCAUUCUGCGUGCAACUGAGCAGUGAUAAGGAACUCAUCGACGAAUUGAGUCUAGAUGACAUGCCGAAAUGUUCAUCGAAAUUGAACUCACCUGAACCUGGAAUGCUUUGUAUGGCACCUUAUUUCGACAUCUUUUAUCGUGCUCGAAUCUUGCAGCUACUCGAUGAGGGAACAAGCAUGUUAGUGAAAGGGAAGUGUGCAAAUGAUGUUUACGAGGUGCAGUUGCAGUUAGCUGAUACCACGGGCACGGUAUCUGAUGCAUUGUGUGAGAGGGGUUUGACAAAGCGAGUGAGAUGGCCAAGUCGUGUGGUACCGUUGUAUUCGGAGCAACGAGUGCUCAGGUCUGACAAUGAGGCUAAUGUUCAGCGCAUAUUCACAGUUCAGUUGAGACAAGACUCAGAAGCACUUGAAACGAUUGCUGAGCAGUGUGCACAGUUCAUUGAGAGAAUGUAUAAUAGAAGGACGGUCGAUAAGAAUGACGAGACAUCAAGAAUGGUUGAUGGUGUUCAUCGGCUCGAUAAUCGUUCGUUUCACGUCGGUGAUGUACUUAUUACCAAUUGGCAAGAUUUUCCGUAUCGCGCCGAAGUGGUCGAUAUCGUUGAUGGUUUCGAGUCAGCAUCACGUUCACCCGAAACGACAACACAAUCGAUUGGUGAAGAUGGCGAUCGUAAAGAUGGAGUUUUGGGGGAGUCGGUGAGCAAGGAAACGGACGUUGAGCGAUAUCGUUUGCGAUAUGUGGAUUACGGGAAUGAGGAUUACAAGCAGAGUGCAGAAAUGUUCUGUGUAGAUUGGACAGAAGAUAAUGAGGUCUUGUUGGACGUUCGAAACGACGAUUCGUCUGUGAAUUGGUUGCGAAAAGACGAGCAAAGAGUAAGUGGUGGCGGAACGAGUGAAUGCUUGCAGGAUGUAGGAGUGGGGCAGAUGCAUGCAGAGAACAUUGAGUGCAGAGCGGAUGGACACCAGUCCGGAGGGCACACCCAUGAUGAGGGGGAAAUUGAAAAGAAAACAGAUACCGUCGAGUUGAUGGAACUGGAUGAUCGCAACACCCAGCUCUCUUCCGAACCUCUUCUUGGCUCACGUACCCACCAAAAAGUCACUCUCGCAUCACUGCUUCUCGAGAAGGGAUUAGCUCAAAGGGCUGCAGAACCGACUGAUUUCCCAAUCGCCACUCGAAACAGUUUCUCAUGGACGUCAGCCGAAGAUCGAAAUAUGGAAAUGCGGAUUUUGGGUGUCGGUUUGGAUGGCAAAACGUUGCUUGUAAGACCGAAGCAGUUCGAUGGAAUGUAUGCAGAAUUGAGCCAG